AUUCUCUUGUCUUACAGAGUUGAGAGAGCAUUAUGGAACCAGAAACAACAGAAGAGCUUGUUAUUCCUUAUUCUGUGAAAGAAUUACUAGCAAAGGAGGCACUAACCAAAGUUCCAGAGAGAUAUGUUCGUCCAGAUAUUGACCCUCCAAUUCUAUCUAACAAAGACUCUUUGCCUCAGCUCCCUGUCAUUGACCUAAACAAGUUGUUGGCUGAGGAAGUGAAGGGUCCUGAACUGGAGAAGCUGGACCUUGCAUGCAAAGAAUGGGGUUUCUUUCAGCUGAUAAAUCAUGCAACUAGCUCUGAAUUGGUGGAAGAUGUAAAGAAAGGUGCACAAGAACUCUUCAAUCUUUCAAUGGAAGAGAAGAAAAAACUUUGGCAGAAACCAGGAGAUAUGGAAGGAUUUGGUCAACUGAUUGACAAACCUAAAGAGGAGCCCUCAGAUUGGGUAGAUGGCUUCUACAUUUUAACUCUUCCAUCUCACUCAAGGAAGCCCCACAUAUUUGCUAAUUUACCACAACCUUUCAGGGAGAAUUUAGAGGUUUAUUGUAAUGAGAUGAGAGACCUUGCCAUCAACAUGUAUGUUCUUAUUGGAAAAGCCCUUGGUACAGAACCAAAUGAAAUUAAAGAUACAUUAGGGGAAUCAGGCCAAGCAAUAAGGAUCAAUUACUAUCCACCUUGUCCCCAACCAGAAAAUGUCCUUGGCCUAAAUGCUCACACUGAUGCAUCUGCCCUCACCAUCCUUCUCCAAGGCAACGAAGUGGAAGGCCUCCAAAUAAAGAAAGAUGGAACUUGGGUUCCUGUGAAACCCCUCCCUAAUGCUUUCAUCGUUAGUCUUGGAGAUGUUUUGGAGGUAGUGACAAAUGGGAUAUACAAGAGCAGUGAGCAUCGAGCAGUGGUAAACUCACAGAAAGAAAGGCUAUCCAUAGCUACAUUUAGUGGCCCGGAAUGGAGUGCAAACAUAGGUCCAACACCAUCUGUUGUUACUCCAGAAAGACCUGCAUUGUUCAAAACAAUUGGGGUAGCAGACUUCUACCAGGGAUACCUUUCACCUCAGCAUCGUGGGAAAUCAUACAUAAAUAAUGUCUUGAGGAUCCGAAAUGAGAACAUCAAAGGCUAGCUCGUGGGGAAUAAUUGAAAGUUAUUUGUAUAGUUUAUGGAAGCCGUAACUGUUUUGAUAUUCUUUGUGUGUAAUUUCAAUAGAAUAUGGUCUCAUGAGUGGAUUGGUCCUUUACUCCUUUUCUAUAUUUGAAUGCUGAUCAUUGAUUGAGUCAUCAUCUGUUAAUUAUAUUUUUCUUUAUUGAAUUGGUUUUGUUAA